CGUAAAAUUUUCCUUUUAAUUUUUAACACAAAGCAGACAGUGCAUUAGGUUUAUUUUUAGUCCAACAAAGAUGCUAAGAACUUUCUACAUUCAAAAACCAAAAAUAAAAAAUAAAAAACAAAGAAGUUGCCCUUGAUCCAACCAAAGGAGAGUAGCAUGUGAGCAUGCGGUAGUUGCCCUUGUUUGGAAUUCGAAGUUUCCUGCGACAGAAAGUGUUGUUUGCAAAAAGAGGUUGUAUAAAUCAUUGAAGUUCAAACAUGGGCGUGGUAAAUACACUCGAAGAGCAAUAACUGAAUCCACUGUCACUGAAGUGAGGUUUGUGUCUUGAACUCUGCACUUGACUAGGAUGCUUCAGAAAAAUGGAAAGAAAAUGGCUUUGAAGGAAAUGAAUUAAUGGUUAAUGUAUGCCCAUUUUUCUUGGAUUACAAGUAGAUUUCUUCAUGUGGUUCUUUAUCUGGCUGAGUGAACCUGGAGCCAUGCCAUGGAGAAAAGACAGCUUCCAGAUGGCCCAAAUGCACGCCAGCGCAUCUAUUUAAUUGGUAGACUGAGGAAGGCUGUAAAAUGGGCGAAUCUUUUUUCACAUUUGUGUGCUAUCAAAGGAGAUUCCAGAACAUCCUUAGAAGCUGAGCUGGUACUCUUACGGAUGCAAAAGCAACCUUUAUGGGCUGCCUUGUGAAGGGGAUAAAGCCUAUGCUUCCUAUAUGAAAGGGAGUCUGUUGUUUGAACAAGAUCAGAAUUGGGACACUGCAUUAAUGCAUUUCAAAAGUGCCAAGUUUGCACUUAUCUCUAUGAUAUAUAGAUGCAUCAUGUGUAGCUGAUACUAGUAUUUCUUCAUGAUCAGAAAAUCCUGUUUAAAAUGAAAUCAAGCAGCUGUGGAUAGGAGUGUGGGAGGCUACUGAUGCUUGUUAUAUUGUAGAGCUGUUUAUGAGGAACUUGGAAAAUAUGGAGAUGUAGAGAAUCAGGUCUUGUGUCGCGAACGUGUUGAAGAACUGGAACCAAGUAUUAGAUACUCUGCCUACACAAAAUUGACAAGUCAAUUUUGCAAACUUCCGAACUUUUACAACUUGGUGAAAUGGAAGGUCCUGCACUGACCUCUUCAAGGCAAAACUAGAGGCUGUUAUGGCGGAGGCAAGAUCUUAGCAGGCAGCUUCUUUGACAGAGUUCCAUUGGCUUGGCCAUAGAUUUCCAAUAUCCAAUGCAAAAACUCGUGUUGCCAUUUUAAAAGCUCAAGAGCUGGAGAAUUAUUUACAUGGUCCAUCUGCUGAUGCACUUCCAGCUGAGAUUAGCAAUUUUUGACAAAAUCUUUUCAGCUUAUCAUGAAGCAAGGAGCUGUAUCUGUAGUGACUUGGUAUGAAAUGUUGGUCUGUGAUGAUUCAGUUUUUCAAUCAUAGGACUGGUUUCCAUUUCUUUUCAUUUAACACAAUGAUUGAUCAGAUUUUAGAGUUUGUUCUUUACUUUCAAGCCAUGUAUUAUUUCAUACUGAUUUUCCUGAUGUUGUGUACAUUCUAGGCGACUGCAGGUAAUGCCAAAAAUGUAAAAGAUGAUUUGAAUGGUCUUGAUAAAGCUGUUAGUGCUGUAUUAGGACAACGAACAAUUGAACGAAACCUGUUGUUGGUUAGCAUUGCAAAGAGUAAACUUAUUCAGCACCAUGAUGACAAAAAUGAGAAAGUUACCAAGCCUGAGGAACUUGUUCGCUUAUAUGAUCUUUUACUCCAGGUGGACAUUCUCUCUAGGAGCAUGUGUUAACUGCCUAUUAUGUUUCUGGCCAUAAAACAUUGUUUAAUUUCUGUUAUUUGGCAGGACACAGCUGAUCUUUCUGAUUUAGUUAACUCAGGAAGUGAUAGAAAACCUGAAGAGGUGACUUUUUCUGAAGAAUGUGAGCUUAAAGUUCUGGCUUUCCGAGCUGAAAGGUGCUUCUACUUGGCAAGAUCAUACAGUUUAGCUGGAAAGAGAACAGAAGCAUAUGCCCUAUAUUGCCAUGCACGCUCUCUCACUGAGAAAGCCCUACAGGAGCUUCAAAGUCAUAGUGACAGUGAUCAGAUGAUGAUCAAAGAGUUGAAGAGAUUAUACAAUGAAUGCAGAUCUAAGAUCUGCAUAGAGCAUGCGACUGGAAUUCUAGAAGAGGGGAAAGCUCCUGAGAAUCUCUCUAAGAAGAUGUCCACUAUAUCAUUAAAUGGAGCUGACACGAAGGUAUCAAUGUGUUCCAACCUUCCUUCAUUUAAGAAAUUGAAUCGAACUUCAUUCUCACAUUGGUUUCUGCCAUUUGUGUUAACUUGGGUGCGCCUGAGACUCAAAAGUACAGAUCUACUUUACUUUUUCUUCCAAAAUAAAGAGCAUGUGCAUAUCCUUACCCUUACAAUUCAGUUUAUUUUGAUUCCACAUCAAAUGUGGAACAUGGUAAUGCCUCUGGAUCUCCUCACGCAUCCAUUGGUUUGACAUACUGACUUGAAUUUUCAGAUGGAAAAAUACAUUCUUGAGAAACUUGAUGUCUAUGAGUCUGCAGUUGGUGAUUCUAACACAAAGGGUGCUGCUCCACCCAUAGAAGCCUUCCCGCCACCCUUCAAAUCAAUACCUCUCAGUCCCAUUAUUAUGGACCUUGCUCACGAUUUUAUCAGUUUCUCAUCCCUAGACAACAGGAUGAAGAAGGACAGGAAGGGCUUCAUAAGUAGGUUUUGGCGUUGAGCUUCAAUCACAAUUCACAAGCAUUGUUUUCAGUUAACUCGGGAGAAAAUUACAUUUUUAUUUGGUUAAAUUUUGGGCUGCUUCAAAUUUUGCAUCUAAAUAGCUUCGAGGUCCGACUUUUGAUAUAAAGAGAAUAAUAUCACCUGAUUGAAAUAGAGAGAUCUUAAAUAAAAUGAAAAUGUUGUC